AUGGUGAUAUAUGGAAGCUGGGCUCUGAGGCGCACUCCCUAUGGAGCAAGUGGGAACCAUUCUAAUGAAGCUGAAAGAAGGGCCUUUGCUCCUUUUGAAGAAGGCCCUUCAGACUUGGAGAAGCCUUGCCGAAGAGGGGGGAGCUUUUUUUCUCCCAAAGCUGCCAGAUGGACUAGACAGGUUUUAUCUACCACAUGGUCCUUCCUUGUCAGAAUCAGUGGGGCACUGUUUAUUGAGACUGCUCUGUUGGAUUGAACCAUACAAAGGCUAGUGGAUACCCACUUAUGCUCAGAUUAA